AGAAGCGUCUAAGUCAUGUUGCAUCUAGUUGUAGUAGGAAUAUAAUAAAUUUUGUUUGAAAUUGUGUUACUCAGAUUUCCUUCUACUUAGAAUUUGAUUCUUUUUGUCUUAAUUCUGAUUUUAUUUGAAUGUCAGUUAAAGCUACAGUAAAUAUUUCACAUUUCCUUUUUCUUAGCAACUCAGCAUGUAACAGGUGCAGCAAAGGAAGAAAAUACUAUGCCGGGGCCAAGGAUACUAUGUGCUCUUUGAACAUGACUUUGCUACAGAAGUACCCAGAAGCCAGGUCAGAACAGGUGCUUGAAUUUCUGGCCUGUAGGUCCUUACCAGAAAGAUGAAGGAAAUUAUGUUCUUUAAUAUUUGGUGCCUAAUUAAUUAGUAAGCACACAAGUUACAUCUUGACACUGAAUUGUGAUACAGACUGAUAAUUGCUGGAUGUUAGACUUCCUCUAAAAUAAGUGGAAAUAUAUAUAAUAGAUUAUUUCUGUGGAAUAAUGGUGUCUGUUUGAACUGUAUCUUUAGAAAUAACAUAAUGUGUGUUGUCCCAUACUCACUAGGAAUGGUUCAUACAUAGCAACUGCAGCUUAAAUGUAUCCAUCAUUAUCAAGUUGCAAAGUAAUUUAAGUUACUAGACUCAACUCUACCAAGAUCUUUCUCAGAGGUGGAUGUGUAGAUACUUCUGCUCUUAAUAUUUAUUUAAGGUAUAUAGGCUGUGAAACGUGGCAGUUUCAGGCUCUUCCCCAUUUUGAGCAGCUGGCAAUAAACUGGAGAUUUUUAAAUGUGACAUGUUACAGUGUGGGAGUUCUUCAGCAAAGUUCAAAGGAAAGUAUGACCACAGGUGGAAUCACAACUUUUGAUGUUUUAAUUUAAGUUUAUUGUCAGCAGUUCUGACAUAAAUAUCAACUGCAAUCACAUUAGUGAUUACUUCUUUAGGAGUUGGGACUAUGGUGCAACUGAAGGAAUGAAAUGUCAUGACUGGAUCCACAGGAAAACAAUACCUUCUGGAAAGCAAAAGGAAGUAAAUUAUAUUAAUGUAAUUGUCUUUCUGUUCUUAAAGUUAUAUAAGUGUUGUGUUUUGUUUUGUUUUUCUAUAAUGCUACUGAUACUUAUUGUUUGAUUGAUUUGAUUUACUUCAUAGCACAUGGUAAUGUUAGCACAUGAUAAUCUUUUUCGUAAUAAUUACUGGAUCACAGAACCUUAAUUAUUCUCAGUGUUACAAUGUAUAUACGACAACUUUUUGGUCGCUAAGUUUGCCACCUGCUCUUACUUCCGUGUAUAGUUUUAUUCGGCUGUCAUUCAAUGAUUCCAUUCUAAAUAACUACAUCAUACAGGGGGUAGGGGGUAAGACUGAGCACGGGUCAGCCUGCAGGCCGCCGCCCCGCUGCUUCCAGGCGGGGCCGUUCACACUCCGUGGCUGUUGGGGGGCGCGAGCGGCUCGGCCAAACGGCUGCCAACCGGGCCAACCGGGGCUCGCGCAGCCGUUGGCGACCCCUGAGGCGAGGCGAGGCGGGAGCGGGCGCGCAGCCCCUCAGCGGCGAGGACGAGGGAGCCCCGAGGGGCGGCUGGCGGCGGGACCUGCCUCCAACAAGCGGUUUGCGGGGUCCUCUGGCCCGCGGAUCUUGCGGAUCGGUCUCUCUUGCUGUGUACUUGUAUGUGUAGUUUUUCUGAUGCUGUUUGUUUAAAAGGUUGAUCUUUACGAUGGAUAAACAAGCAACUGCUAAGUUAUCUACCACUUCAGAUGCUGUUAAAAGGUGUAUGAAGAGGGAUAGAACAUCACAAACUGCAAAACUGAAUGCUUCUUUGGCAUCUAAAAUCAAAACUAAAUUAUUAAAUAACUCAUCAAUGUUUAAAGUAUCUUUAAAACAAAAUAAUAAAGCAUUAGCUCUGGCUUUGAGUGUGGAGAGAGAAAGUUCUCGGAAACUGAAGAAGGAGAAGCUUUUUCUUCAGAAGGAAGUAGAAAAGCUGCAGCUUUAUAAUACCUUGCUUCAUCGGAAACUAAGCUGUUUGAAUAAAACUCUUGUAGAAAUAGAAGCAUUUUUGAAUGAUAACCUUUUAGCUGCAAUAGAAAUAAGCAGUCUUCCUGAGAAUCUUCAGAGUUUUCUUGCUCUGACAGAUGGUCCAAGUAACUGUACUGAUGACCAGUUGAAGAGUAUGUCUCAGUCAGCUAGCUCUGCAGAAUUGCCUGUGAAGCUUCCUUUACUCACAGCAUCUACUGGAAAACAGCAGGGUAGCCCUUCUGGGUAUGAAAUAACAAAAUCUUCUAAAAGUACCACUACUUUGUCAAAGGACAUGCAUUCAGAUCAAGUCAAGUUUGCAUUAUCAUUGCCUUCUGGUAAAAAUAAUCAAAAGAUAAAUGAAGUAGACAAGGUGGAAACAAACAAUGACAAAAAUAUUGUUUUAGAAGAAAAUCAUUUACAUGGAGAACUAUACUACAAUAGUGCAUUCCUGACUCAUAUCAAUAAUACUCAAUCUCUGAGACAGUCUGAGGAGCUUAUAAAACAAAAAAAUAUUUCAUUGCCAUUCUGUGGAAAUGUGCCUGAAAGAAGGAACCAUGCAGCACUUUAUAGGUCAAAACCUCAACCUAAUAUAAAUGAUUUUGAUAAAAAAUGUAUCUCGGAUAUGCAUCAUCACGGUAGCAGCAGCAAAACCAAUUACAUGAAUUUGCAGGGAAGUUCAAGUGGCUUGUCUCACAUUAUUCCUUCACCUCUUGAAUUUAACAGUGAAGGUAACAUAGAGUUUAAGUCAAUGCUGCUUAUUGACAAGACUAAACCUGAAGAAACCGUAUAUGAUGCUGAUAUGGAGUUGACUGCCAGUGAUGCAGGUGAGCUGCUCACAGUUACAUCAAAAGACAAAGAUAAGCUACAUCAAAAUAAAAACAAUAAUGCCAAUUCUGAUAAAAUAUUGGGAAAUUUCAGAAGAGUAAAAUAUUCUAAAAAUGAUAAAGAGAAAAUGAAAAGCAAGACUGAAGUCAGUUCAGAUUUGUAUGCAGAAGAAAGGCACACCAGGGCUGACAAGAGCAAAGUUUCAAAAAUUACUGAGUCACAAACGCAGCUAUUCCAAAGUCAGACAGAACAGCAACCUACGAAGAAAUCUUUACAGAAGCAGAAUUUGCCAAAUACUAAUGACUAUUAUGAAGCACAAAAUUGUCCAAGUAAAACUAGAGAUACUAGGACAUGCCUAAUUAAACUAGCACAUCCAAGAAAACAAGAACAAGAGAAAAAUAAAGAAACUUUCUCAGAAACAUAUGAAGAAUUGGAAACCAAAAUAAAAGCAGACUCAGAUUCAUCUAAUAGCAAGAUCUCUUCUCAAGUUUAUUGUGCUGAAAGUUUACUGUUUCAGGAUAACACCUCUAAUGUAUUACCUUUACAGCAGGAAUUUCCAAGUGAAAAUGCAAAGCAUAUCAGACCACAAAUAAACAGGAAACCCCUCCAAAACCCUUCUAAAAUAAUCACAGCAAAAUGCUGUGGAGUGGAAAAUGGGCAGUAUGGAGAAUAUGGUUCAAAAAUGUCUCAAACAGAGAGGUGCCAAGAUGACAGAAAGAAAAAACAAGACCAGAAGAAUACUAUAAAGAGUAAAUGCAAUAAAAAAGGUAGUAACAGACAAAGAGAAAAUAAUAGUGUUCAUAAAAUUACUGAGGAAGCACAUGGUAACAGUACUAAUUUUUCACCAGGCAGAUUAAAACGUACAUUGGCAAAGGCUGGCCGUAAAGCAUAUAUAAUGCCAACAAAAGAUCUUACACAGUUCUCACUUUGCAAAAGUGAAGAAUUAAAAAAUAAGGAUACAUUGUGCACACAGGCUGCUCAUGGAAAUAAAAUAACUGAAACUCAGCAAUCUCAGGUAGCUUUAAUUACUCAGAAUGGUGUAGCUAUGAAUAUACCACAGGCUACCGCCUCUACACAACAAGUUGAUGGCAAUGUUAAUGCAUUAAAGGGGGUAGAUUCCUCAUCAAUGACAUGCAAAACCCCUAACACUAGUAAUUCUUCUGAAAAUCAAGUAAAGAACAAAGGGAGCUUUACUUCUGGUGUUAUGGAGACCAGACCAGAAAAAAAUUAUUUCAGGCGUACUGAUCAGGUACAGCUGAACAUUUUGGAUGACCAUGAAGUCCCGCAUAAGAUAGAUUCCUUUAUGAGCAAAUUAAAACCUACAGUUGAAAAAUCAGAAUAUUUGAAUUUCAUACCUGUAGAUUUUUCUAAGAAUAUGUCAUUAAAUACAGGUAGACUUUUCCAGGAAGAUCUUUCCAAUUUGGAGCUCCAAGCUCUUGAUAACCCUAAAUUCCAUUCUUCCGUCAACCUCUGCAUGCUGAGAAACUCUGAAAUCUGGGGGAAAAAUAAUCAAGAUAAAGCACUGGAUGUUGGAAAAGCAGAGCAAAAGUUGGAUCGUAUUUCUAGAGAGACUUUUGAAAAGACUCUGGCACCUGGUCAUGGGAGAACAGCUUUUCAAGAUCUGACAAAUACCAGUGUAUGUUCUCAUGCUUCUUUACCUACAUGCCCUAAAGUUUUAGAAGAAAAUUCAGCAGCACCAGCUAGAGGAGGAAGACCCAAAAUUUGCUACAAAGAGCCCGGUCUAAGAUGCAAAUUAAGGCGUGGGGAUCCGUUUACAGAUACGCAAUUUCUGCAUUUCCCAGUUUAUAAAGUAAAAAAUAGAAGAAGUUUUAAAAGUAAAUCAAAAAUCAUUUGAAGAAGACAGGAGAAAUGCCUUUAUGAACAGUACUUCUAAAAUGGGUACUUUUUUUUCAGAAAGUAAAAAAAAAUAAAAAUGUAGUAUAGAAUGUUUACUUGGUUUUGAUUGAUGGAGGUAAAACAAAGCCUUCCAAAGAAGUGAGAUUUCUUGGAAAGGAUUCCCUAUAUAAAGUGCACAGAAUUCUUCACUAAGGAAAACAAAUGCAGAUUAGACUCCAUUAUUGUGUUUUACUUUUUUGGUCUGUAAUUUAUAAACUCUUCAAAGUGUUUGCAGCACUUACUAAUUUGUAAGAAAAGUGUAAGUUUCUAUGAGAAUAAAAAUAAAUCACAUUUGGAAAUUU